ACAGUUCUAGUUAGAGUGAUGUCGUGAUAAGAACAAUUGAGACAUAAGCAAGAAGUUGUAAGCUCGAAUAACGAGUAAUAAGUGUUAAGUUGUUGGAAUUAGAAAUAAAAAUAAGUGUGUAGCCAUUAAAUUGGGACUUUUAUUUAACAAUCCAGUGAUCGAACUCAAGAGUGAGUUACAGGUAGACGAUUUAUCGAGAAAUCCGUUACAAUAUCAAAGAACUGAAUUUCGAUAUAAAAUAUACUUGUUAUCGAUUGUUGAAAUAGUUUUAUUUAUCGAUAUUUCACUAGCACCACUUAGUGUACUUUGAAUUAACCAAUCGUCUUAAGCUUGUUCCCACUUGUUGGCACUUUCUAAAUUCAGUGUUUUAAUAGUUUUGAAUGAAAAGUUCGAAAAAUGGUUAACGCUGGAGACGUGUAUAUUGUAUCCGCCGCGCGUACAGCAAUUGGCUGCUUCAAUGGAUCACUUUCUAAAUUAAAAGCAUCGGAACUGGGAAGUGUAGUUAUUAAAGAAGUGUUAAAGAGAGCUAAUGUUAAUAAUGGUGAUGUGGACGAAGUUAUCAUUGGACAAAGUCUUACUGCUGGACAAGGUCAAAAUCCAUCCCGACAGGCUACCCUACAAGCGGGACUUCCUAUAAGUGUGCCUGUUUAUAAUAUUAAUAUGCUUUGUGGUUCAGGUUUGAAAAGUGUUGCCUUAGGUUUUCAAUCCAUACGAUGUGGCGAUUCUAAGAUUGUUAUUUGUGGAGGCCAAGAAAGUAUGUCUUUGGCACCACACGUUAUCCAUUUACGAAAUGGUAUCAAAAUGGGCCCUGGAACAUUGUUGGAUACAAUGACUCAUGAUGGCCUCACCGAUGCUAUGCAUAACAUACAUAUGGGUGUCACUGCCGAAAACCUAGUAAAGCAAUACAAUAUUAAUCGCGAUGAACAAGAUGAGUAUGCGGUUCUAUCACAAAACCGGGCUGAGAACGCACAAAAUAAUGGCUUCUUCGAAAAGGAAAUUGUUGCAGUCGAAUUGAAAACGCGUGCGGGUACUCAAAUUUUUGAAAAGGAUGAGUACAUUAAAGCAGGCACAACAACUGAAACACUAAAAAAACUAAACCCAUGUUUUAUUGAGAAUGGAACUGUAACAGCUGGAAACGCUUCAGGUAUUAAUGACGCUGCUGCAGCGGUGUUGUUAAUAUCAGGGGAAGAGGUUAAGAAGAGAUCCAUUAAACCCAUGGCGAAAAUUGUGGCUUGGGCACAGACUGGUGUAGAACCUAAAAUCAUGGGAAUCGGACCCGUGACUGCUGUUAAUGCGGUUUUACAAAAAGCUGGUUGGUCUAAGGAAGAAGUGGAUCUGUUUGAAUUAAAUGAAGCAUUCGCAGGUCAAUCUAUUGCAGUAUUAAAGGAGCUAAACAUCAACGCCGAUAAGGUAAAUGUCAAUGGCGGUGCCAUUGCAUUAGGUCACCCUAUUGGUGCAUCUGGAUGCAGAGUUCUAGUAACUUUGUUAUAUGCGCUGGAAAGGUUGAAUGUCAGAAAAGGCGUCGCAUCAUUGUGUAUUGGAGGCGGGAUGGGUAUCGCCAUGGCUAUUGAACGUGUUUAAAAAUGAGAAUAAUUAUUAUUUAUAUUGAUACGACAAUAAUACAUAUGUAAAUGUAAAGUAUUUGUUAUAACGAAAGUCAAUUGUUAUUUAGAACUAGAAAUGCAAAUAUAUGCACAUAUAUAUGAAGCUUGCAUAACUAUUUUAGAAUUCAUUAAGUCAGCAUACACAUUUUGGUUAGGGGAGAGUAAUUUACGCAAUGUUACAUGAUAACAUUAUGAACUUUGAAAUAAAAACAUCGGGAAAGUUUGUGGUGAGCCUUUCUUAUAAAACUUGCAGUUUUGUACAUAUAGAGUACACAUGAAUAUAUAACGAUAUGUUUGUAACUAAAUUGUUAUUGUUCGGUGUUUAUCACCAACGGUAUUUGAUUAAUCCACAGUUGCUUAUUGUAUGUUCCGCUUAAACAUAGAUUAAAUUAUAAUUAAUAUUUACCGAACGAAAAACAAUUAUCGAGUAUAAGUAACAAGAUUCUAAAAACGCAAGCCCUCUGCUGUUUCAAGAUAUACUAAGUAUAGUAGAAUAUACAGUUAAGUAUCUAUUUUAUUCAUUGUACUUAGGUACAUAUAUAUACAUACGUUUACGUUAUGAGAACCAAAGUAAUAUAAGUAAUUCAAUAAUAAAUGCAUUUUGAGCUUAUUUAUGUAGUUGGAAUAAAUGAAUAUGUCUUUCAAAUAUAGUUUCAACCAAUAGAUUACGAA